GUUCCUUGGUUUACAGUUCAUACUUCAUUUGCGUUGUUGUUUUCAUAGCUAGCUAUAGGAGUCAUUUAGGGUGGCUAGCUUGCUAGAGGGCUACUUUGGAGUUUUACAGUGGCUAAUUUGGAUGUUCAAUGCGUUUUUUUCGAAUUGAAAGGGGUUUAAAAAUAUCUGUCUAGUCGUGUUAUCAAGGAGCUGUCACUUCAAUUUAGCUCAGGCACCAUGACUUCUCGGCGACCGGACAAUUUUGAUGGUUUAGGUUACAGGGGUAACGUUAGAGAGGAUCCAGCUUACAGUGGGCUAUACAGCGGAAGGUCAUUUAAUAAUUCGUCUAGUGUGGACUUGCAGAACUGGGUAACAACACCACCAGAUAUUCCAGGUAGCCGAAAUUUACAUUUUGGUGACCGUACACCCCAGUUUGAGGCGGCCCCUGCAGCACAAGGUGCUGAAGAUACUCUGCCAACGGCUCCUCCAUCCGAGCAGUUGAACAGAUUUGCUGGUUUUGGUAUUGGGCUUGCAAGUCUCUUUACUGAAAAUGUCCUGGCUCACCCUUGCAUUGUGUUUCGUCGUCAGUGCCAGGUUAAUUAUCACGCCAGCUGUUACCAUCUCUCACCAUUUACAGCCAUCAGUGUGAUGUAUAAUGUCACCAAGAGUCAGGGUCCCAAGGCCUUAUGGAAGGGAAUGGGCAGCACCUUCGUAGUCCAGGGAGUCACCCUGGGCACCGAGGGCAUCAUUAGUGAAUGCACUCCACUACCGCGAGAGCUAUCCCACAAAUGGAACCCUAAGCAGGUUAUUGGACAUUUGGUCCUGAAAAGUUUGACAUAUGUGGUUGCCAUGCCAUUUUACUCAGCUAGCCUCAUUGAAACUGUGCAGAGCGAGAUCAUCCGGGACAACCCGGGCAUCCUGGACUGCGUGAAGGAGGGCGUGGGCCGGGUCGUGGGCAUGGGCAUCCCCCACAGCAAGCGCCUGCUGCCCUUGUGGGGCCUGGUCCUGCCCACCGUCCUCCACGGGGUCCUCCACUACGUGGUGAGCUCCACCGUGCAGAAGCUGGUGCUCUUCCUCCUGCGCCGGAGGGGCCCGGCAAAGCAGCCGGCGGACGGCUCGGAGACGGUCCAGACCAUGCUGGACGCCUACUUCCCGGAACUGGCGGCCAGUUUCGUGGCCAGUUUGUGUGCCGACGUCCUCCUGUACCCGCUGGAGACGGUGAUGCAUCGGCUGCACAUUCAGGGCACACGCACCAUCAUCGACAACACAGACCUGGGCUUCGAGGUCCUGCCCAUCAACACGCAGUACGAAGGCAUCAGGGACUGUAUCAACGUGAUCCGGCGAGAGGAGGGAACCCUGGGGUUCUACAAAGGCUUUGGCUCCAUCGUGGUGCAGUAUUCACUACACGCAGCCGUGCUACAGAUCACCAAAGUCAUCUACAACACCUUGCUGCAAAACGCUUAAGGAAAAACUUUGCGGUGUGUUCCGGUGGAGAAACGAGUUCGACUGGCGUCAUGCCUUUUUCGAAACCUGCUUCUUAUCAAGCGAGUCGGGUUGUGCGCAUUCCAGAAAAUGUCAUCUUUUCUGAGAAAUACCAAAAAAUAUCUAUGUAAUUUGUUCUGUCCCGAAGCAUAUUUCAAAUGUUUGUUGAGAUUGGUAUCCCUUACAGAACUGUCAGCACUGUGUCACAAAGCACUGAAUUAUGUUUAAAAAUGCAUGGUGUCAAUAAAUAUUCCCAGUUGUCAGAGAUGGAAAUAUACAUGUAUCUUGCAUCUUUCAAACUCAUCCUGGCAUCCUUUAUGCGAAGGGUCUGUUGGUCUUCUCUGCAAAUCAUGUUGACACGUGUUAUUCUGGUGUGUCUUUGUUUCUAAUCUAACUGUAAAAAAUGGCAAAUUCUUUCUUAAAAUUUUCUGUUAGCACUAGUAGAGGAUGGAUUUUGCUAAUUUAUUCAGAAUUGUAUGUACAGAAUGUCUUUAAAUUAUUUGCUUUAACAGUGAUAAUGUUGCAUGUAUUUAGGUAUGUAUCAAGUUGUUCACAUUUUGUCAACUAGAGUGCAUUGUGAGUUAACAAAACAUUUAAGAGCAAUUAAAAGUUAUGUAGUACUCAAGCAGAAAUAUGAACAGAAAAAAGUAUAAUUUAUGCAGGCACUUGUACAGGUGAUUUUAGUUAUUGAUCUUCUUUUGUAAAUGUUUCUGGACUUCACAGUGCUCAGAGUUAGGGAGAUGUUUAAGAGUAUUUGUAUGUCACUGAAAAUAAAUGUCAUACUUUUG